AUGGCCGACGCCGUCUUGAAGAAGCGCUCCGGCUCCUCCGACGACCAGUGGGACCAGCUCGCCGCCGCCAAGAAGCCCCACACCGCGAUGUUGCCGCCGCCGCCGCACCACGCCGCCGACCCCGCGGCGGCGAUGGCGGCCUCCCGGCACGAGUUCGGCGAGCACGGCGGCGUGAACAUGUCGAUCGAGGCCUCCGCCACGUUCACGGUGAUGGAGCCGGACACACUCCGGCGGAUGUUCGCCGGCGAGCUCGGCCCCGACCGGGACUUCUUCGUCUACAGCCGCCACUUCAACCCCACCGUGCUGAACCUCAGCCGGCUGCUGGCCGCCCUCGAGGGGACGGAGGCGGCGUACUGCACCGCGUCCGGGAUGUCGGCGAUCGUGUCGGUGCUGGUCCAGGUGUGCAGCUCCGGCGACCGGCUGGUGGCGUCGAACACGGUGUACGGCGGGACACACGCGCUGAUGUCGCACUUCCUGCCGCGCGUGGCGAACAUAACGACGUCGUUCGUGGACAUCGGCGACCUGGCGGAGGUGGAGAGGGAGGUGGGGAAAGGCGGCGUGAAGGUGCUGUACUUCGAGACGAUGUCGAACCCGACGCUGACGGUGGCGAACGUGCCGGAGCUUUGCAGGAUAGCGCACGAUAAGGGUGUGACGGUGGUGGUGGACAACACGUUUGCGCCGAUGGUGGUGUCGCCGGCGAAGCUUGGGGCGGACGUGGUGGUUCACAGCAUCACAAAGUUCAUCAGCGGCGCGGCCGACAUUAACGCAGGUGCAAUUUGCGGGCCCGCGAAGCUAGUGAACUCCCUGAUGGACCUCCAUCAGGGAGCCCUCAUGAUAAUGGGCCCCACCAUGAACCCGAAGGUGGCAUUCGAGCUCUCCGAGCGCCUCCCCCACUUGGGCCUCCGCAUGAAGGAGCACUGCCACCGGGCCCACGUCUUCGCCACCCGUAUGAAGGGCCUCGGGCUCAAGGUCAUUUACCCGGGCCUCGACGACCACCCGGACCACGCCCUACUCGAGUCCAUCUCCAACCCGGGCUACGGCCACGGUGGCAUCCUCUGCCUCGACAUGGGCUCGGAGGAACGGGCCUACCGCCUGAUGGGCCUCCUUCAGAACCACACCCAAUUUGGGCUUAUGGCAGUCAGCCUCGGGUACUACGAGACUCUAAUGUCGUGCUCGGGCAGCAGCACGAGCAGCGAAAUGAACGACGAGGAGAAGGCCAGAGCGGGCAUCUCGCCGGGCCUAGUCAGGAUGUCGAUCGGGUACACGGGCACGUUGGAGCAGAAGUGGGCCCAAUUUGAGAAGGCCCUGGCCCGGAUGCAGAAGAUGUGA